AGGGAAUAUUCCUUUACUCAGUUGUACUUUGUGAGCUAUUCGAUAAUCCGACUGCAUUCUUUUGAAAGUUAGGUUAAACGACAUUUUUUGUUUUGUAGUAAUAUAUACGAAAAUUCUUGUGUAGCUAUCUAUUUUUGAACGUAUUAAAAUAACAAUAGAAAUAGAGAUGCUUAGUUCGGACACUAUUAACAAGCUGUCGUCAGGUGAAAGCUUAUUAGAAACCUCAGAAAGAAAACCUGGAAACGAAAGACAAAUUUUAUAUGAAAAAGGACUUAAAUUUAAGAGAAAUUCCUCAUAUGAAAAUGCAUUAAAAUGCUUCCUUUGCUGUCUUCAAGAUCUUGAAGAAGAUGAUGCAUUUCCUGAGUUGCCUUCCUGUCUCCACAAUGUUGCAGAAAUGUACAGCCAACUUGGUCAAUUUGAGAAGGCCAUUCCAUUUGUCCAGGGAAAACUGUUUUAUGAAACUGCACUUAUUCAAGCUGGAAAACAAGAAUCAAAUGAGUUUAAGGACAAGGAAAGGGAUUUGUCUCUUGAUCCUAACGCAAGUUCCCAUGACGCAUUGACAGCAAACGAAUACGAAAAAUUGUCUCAAAUGUGUCUGCACGAAAAGAACAUUCAGCUUGCUUUAGAAUACGCUGGAAAGGCAACACAGCUUCGUAAAGAAUGUACGGAGAAUCGCAUCGUAUCACGAUUCAAAGCCUCAAUCAGUUCACACUUAUCUAUGCCAAGAUGGGGAGAGAACAAUAUACCGCGGCUAUGAAAAGGUUUUCUCAACCAACGGGCGAUGAUGAUAUAGCCAAUAAUGAGCAUGUCGAGGAUCGUGAAGUAUUACAUGAAGAGAGUGCAAACGAUUCUGAGGAACAGUUUCAAGUUUCUGCUGAUGAAAAGGGUAAAUCCCAAGAUGAGACCAGGAAUGAUGUAUUUUCGAGUGAAGAUGAAGGAACAGGAAAAUCAGAAUCUGGUGAUGUCAUUCAUAAAUCUUUGACAACUGAUGAGAAAUCUACAGGUGCUUCUGGACAAGUCCUGUUUUUGUGUUUUGUAUUUUCUGUCUUAUUUUCUUUAGUUUUUAGCGUCUAUGUCGGUUACAAAUAUGAAAUUAACAUAUUUGAUAUGGAAACCCACUAACUUAAAAGGUUUAAAUAUUAUUGCUAUUGUUAUUACAACGUUUCUCACCCAGUUUUUAAGAGUAGGUAAAGUCGGUGCGUCCUUUCUGAGAAGAUUUAGAUUGUUUUGAACUGUACAGAAAUAUUUAUUCUAUGUAGAAUAGUUACAUUAAUUUAUUGGGAAAAACUCGCUAUUUCUGUUUGUUGGCA